AUACGUUACAUGACUUCGAUGAUGUCUAGUGCGUGUAGGUGGGGCGGCGCUACAGACUUGCGUCUACUCACUUGAUUUCUGCUACUCGGUAUCCUCGACCUGAUGGUGUGAUUACUGUAAAUUAUUUUGUGUAUCACGUUCGCACCUGUUUGAUAAAAUUUGGUGUGAAUUUUUAAUUUUUAAGCAUUACACUAUUGUAGCCAGCUGACUUAAUCGCUUAUCGUUUUGGUCCUAUUGAGUGAAAUAUUAUUAAUACAAACUUUUAAAUUAAAAUAUUGAAUUGUAUAUAAGUUUUAUUGUAUCGGUCGAAUGUUGCUGACACGAAUACAGAAAACCGAGAUAAGAGUACCUCUUCUGUUAACUAAAUAAAUUGUUUGUUUUAUAACAUUUGGAAGAAAUUACAAAUACAUUGAAGUUUAUACAGGAAAAAUAUAACUAUUUAAACCAGAUAAUAAUUCCAAAAUGAAUAGCUCAUCUGACACUGGGUUUAAUCCAGCAUUUAAUAUUGCUACAAUUAAACAAGUAUUCAAUGAAGCAGUUGAAAAAGUUCGAAUGCCUACACCAAUGAGACUUAGAGAUCUUAUACGACAAAUAAGAGCAGCACGUACAGCAGCUGAAGAAAGAGCUGUUAUAAAUAAAGAAUGUGCUGAUAUUCGAACAUCAUUUAGAGAUGAAGACAGUGUUUGGAGAUGUAGAAAUAUUGCUAAAUUGCUGUAUAUACAUAUGCUUGGAUAUCCAGCUCACUUUGGACAAUUAGAAUGUUUAAAGUUAAUAGCAUCACCACGAUUUACUGAUAAACGUAUUGGUUAUUUGGGUGCUAUGUUAUUGUUAGAUGAACGACAAGAUGUGCAUCUGUUAAUCACUAACUGUUUAAAAAACGACUUGAAUAGUUGUACUCAAUUUGUUGUUGGACUAGCAUUAUGUACCUUAGGUGCAAUUGCUUCUCCUGAAAUGGCUAGAGAUUUAGCGACUGAAGUUGAGCGUCUCAUGAAAUCACCUAACACAUAUAUUAGAAAAAAGGCAGCACUAUGUGCUUACCGAAUUGUACUUAAAGUACCGGAAUUGAUGGAAAUAUUUUUACCUGCAACCCGUUCUAUGCUUUCAGAAAAAAAUCAUGGAGUACUAAUUACUGGUGUUACUUUAAUUACAGAAAUGUGUGAAAGAAGUAUUGAUACUUUGCAACAUUUUAAAAAGGUUGUACCAAAUCUAGUGAGAAUUUUAAAGAAUUUGAUACUAGCUGGAUAUUCACCAGAACAUGAUGUUUCAGGAGUUAGUGAUCCGUUUUUACAAGUAAAAAUAUUAAGGUUAUUAAAAAUACUUGGUCGUAGAGAUUCAGAAGCAUCUGAAACUAUGAAUGAUGUUUUAGCACAAGUUGCAACUACCACUGAAACAAAUAAAAAUGUUGGUAAUACUAUUUUAUAUGAAACUGUAUUAUCAAUUAUGGAUAUUAAAUCAGAAUCUGGUCUGAGAGUUCUUGCAAUUAAUAUUUUGGGUAGAUUUUUAUUAAACACAGAUAAAAAUAUACGUUAUGUAGCUUUGAAUACAUUAUUGAAGACUAUUCACUUAGACAUGACAGCUGUCCAAAGGCAUAGAACUACUAUAAUAGAAUGCCUUAGACAAGAUCCUGAUGUAUCAAUACGGCGACGUGCUUUAGAAUUAAGUAUUGCAUUAAUUAACUCACACAAUGUAUUAACAAUGACAAAAGAGUUACUAGCUUUUUUGGAAUCUUGUGAACCAGAAUUCAAAGCUCAGUGUUCUUCUAGCAUAGUUUUGGCAGCUGAAAAAUUUGCUCCAAAUACCAGAUGGCAUUUAGAUACUUUAAUAAAAGUUCUAGUUGCUGCUGGUAAUUAUGUGAGAGAUGAUGUUGUAUCAAGUACCAUUCAACUAGUAUCUGAAUCUGGUGCUCAACAUGGAGGAUAUAUGGCUUCUAAAUUAUGGAUAGAAUUAGAAAAAGAUACUAGUGAUAAACAGCCAUUAAUUCAAGUAUCAACGUGGACUAUUGGCGAAUUUGGUGAUAUGCUACUGCAACAAUCUGAAGAUCAAAUUGUAAAAGUAACUGAAGAUGAUCUAUUAAGAGUAUACCAUAAAUUGAUGUGGAGUCCUCAAAAUAACAUUGUAACAAAACAAUACACUUUAAAUUCCCUUAUGAAACUUAGUACUCGCAUUAAAGUUAAUAUAGAUAAAAUUCAUGAAAUGGUGGCCUCGUUCACAACUCACAUGCACACUGACCUACAACAACGUGGUAUCGAGUACAAUCAGCUUUUUAAUAGAUACGAUCAGAUGCGUGAUGGAUUAUUAGAAAGAAUGCCUGCUAUGGAAUCUAAUAAAACUCAACAAUCACAAUGGAAUGAAACUAAUGAAGAUAUAUCAUCUCCAAAUGACUUGAUUAGUACAGAAGUUACUAAUACUGAAACAAAUGAUUCAAAUGCUCUACUAGUAUUGUUAGGAGGUGAAAAUGGUGAUUCAGAUUUAACACCAAAUCAAAAUUCUAUAGUUAAGUCUGAUACACAAGAUUUGUUGGAUCUUCUAGGUGGAUUAGAUUUAAGUAAUCAACCAAUGCAACCUCUAAACAAUCUUGUGUUAGAUAAUACAACAAAUGGGACAAAUAUAAAUAAUACAAAUAACUUAUUGGAUUCAUUAAGCUUAGACGACCAUCCUGUUAUUAAUAAUAUUAUAAAAAAACCAGGAACUGUGACUGCCUAUAACCAAAAUGAUUUAAUGAUAACAAUAACAGUUGAAAGAGACCCCAUGAAUCCAGAGACUAACACUCUAAAUAUGACUGCUUACAAUAAUGGACAAUUUACUAUUAAUGAGUUCCUAUUUCAAGCAGCUGUUCCAAAGACAUUCCAAUUACAAAUGUUACCUCCAUCUGGAAAUUUUAUAGAACCCGGUUCAUUUUUAACACAAGUUAUGAGAGUAUCAAAUAAUUCAAAGAGUCAGUUAAGAAUGAGAAUACGACUGUCUUAUAAUUCUAAUGGUAUGCCCAUUCAAGAUCAAACUGAAGUAAAUAAUUUCCCAUCACCACCUGAGUUACCAGGAACAUCACCAUUAGAUUUAUGGUCUGAAAGUCAAUGACAAAAAGUCCUUGUAGCCAUUGGCUAAUGCAAGUUCAAAUCUUUUAGAUUGUUUGUGUGUUCUCAAAACGUGAUAAAUAUUAAGUUUUUGUCAAUUAUUUGAGAAAAUGAUGUUAACCUGCCGUUGUAUUUCAUUAUAAAUAGAUGGUUGUUUUUUAAAGUAAUAUAAAUAGUACAUAAAAUUGGAUAUUUUAUAAUUUUUAUUUUACCAUUUACAUUGUACUUAUUAUUGCUGAAGUAACUGUUGUAUUAGCUCACAGUAUUAAGAAAACAUUUUUUUUGUAUAUAUUAAUGCCCUAUUACAAUUUUAUAAUUACCCAUUGAAUAUUACUUAUAAUUGUGAUAAAUUUUAAAUCUUAACAAUAUAUUUCCUUACUAUCGGUUGUUAAUCAAAAUCCGGUUGUGAAAUUUUAUUUAUACAAGAGCUUAACACUCAAAAAUUUGAGUACAAAUUGGCUUUAUUUUAAUUAUUACAACAUCAAAAUGUUAAUUUUGUUCAUUUAUCUACAUUUCUUAUUGUAUCAAUUUAUUUGUGCACUCCAAGUAUUUAAGAU